AUGUCCAGCACGGAGCCCACCUCUAACCUGGAGAACGCCAUGCAGCUGAUGAUCCAGACUUUCCACAAGUACUCUGGGAAUGAGGGAGACAAGUACACCCUAAGCAAGGGAGAGCUUAAGGACCUGCUCACAGCAGAGCUGGGCAGUUACCUGGGGAAUGCUCAGGACAAGGAUGCUGUGGAGAAGGUGAUGAAGGACCUGGAUGCCAACAAUGAUGGCGAGGUGGACUUCACGGAGUUCAUCAUCCUUGUUGGUGCGCUGACCGUAGCGUGCAACGAUUUCUUUCAACCCGAAAAGAAGGAAUGAGGGGGCAGGGCUUGAGAGGGGGAGCGGGUCACACCUAAACACAUUAACCACAAACAUCACCAAAGAAGUGGAGGAUCAUUUACACCUGGACACACCCCUCUGACAGAGAUGGCAAAGGAGAUCUUGAGGAACAGGGUGGGAGGUGUUGGCCUCCCACUCGAAACCACUCCUUUUUUGGAGAGCCCACAUCUACAAACGGAUCUGGUCAUCAUAAAGGAGAGAAUUACAAAGGGAAU